CAGUCUCUUGCCCUACAGAAACUUGCGAAGAGACUUCCGGCUCAUCAAACCACAAACGUACACCAUCACAUCCACACGCUCUGAUUAUGGUACCGGAAUGGGAAGACAGACCAAGUGCAGAAGAGUAUAAAAUGCUAAGUAGUAAAGAAAAGCGUCAACUUCGUAACAAGAUCAGUGCACGUAACUUUCGUCAUCGUCGCAAAGAACAUAUCUCUACAUUAGAGCAGCAACUCAUCAAUCGAGACAAGACCAUCGACUCGUUACGUCAUGAUCUCGGACAAGUGAAAACUGAGAAUGUAGAAUUGAAGGCAGAGAUUGAUUUGCUCAAGACUAAGUGGUCAGAUCUCAUGAAGAAGAUUGAAGAAAUGUCUCUGGGUGCUACCUCCACCGCAUCCUCUCUCACCUCUUCACCUUCGACACAUGCACAACCAUCUUCCACAUCAAUGCCACUUUCACCACGAUUACGUUCUGCUACUAAAGCUAGUAUGAUGCUACAAAUGCCUAAUCUUCAUAAAGAUGUAGGAACUCAUAGUCGUAAACCGUUCAAUGGUGUUGGUGGAAUGACGGGAGGUGGCAAUGUUGGCGUUCAUACCACUCUUAUUCCAGAUGUACCCAUCAAUGUUUAUGGCAACCCAUCGGCACUCAAAUCAAGAAUAUCGACUGAUUCAACCAUUGAUCAGACACUUUCGCCACAAGCCUUGAUCGAGCAGAAGCACUUAUCAAAAUCAGACACCAAUGCCAACAAUUCCGAUCAGCCCUUGUUACACCUCAACAACCUUGAAGCUCUUCUCAUGGCUUACUCUGCUCCUCUCAUCAAGGCGAAUAAUAUGGAAAGAGUUGAACAUACAAUUGAAAACUUAGGCUCACGUAUAAGUCAAAUCGUAGUAGAUGCAUUCAAGUCUUCAAAUGAAAGUGAAAUAGAUGAAGAGAAAUUAUUAGGUUGUUUGGAUGGUAGAUAUGUAUUAGAAGUAGUCGAACGCGCACCUCCUGCUUAUGAUGCACCUUUAUUAGAUCAACUUACAUUACAACUUUCUAGAAUCAAUCUUGAAAGUACUUCAACUUGAAACAGAUUUGGGGUUUUGGUUUUUUGGUUUUUCAAUUUAUCUUACUGUUUCAUUAAACUCUGAAAAAAGUUUUAUUCUUUCUUUUUUUCUUUAUCUAUCUCUCUCGUGUCUUUUUCAUAUCUAUACGCAAUUUCAUCAAUUAUAUCUCAAUUCUGAUUGUCUGCUAUUUCCUUAUCCUUAAAGAUGAAACUAAAAAAUUGUUUGAGUUUUAACUUUUUUUGUUUUAAAAAAAACAUUUCACCUUGUGAUUUACUAUAUGGUUUGUUUUCUAAAGAAUGAAUCUAUCAAUGAAUGAAUGAAUGAAUGUACUAAAUUUGAUGUUU